GCCCUGCCCAGGGAGCCCCCUCACAGUACUCAAGCUACCAGCAAGGACAAGGCCAACAGUAUGGAAGCUACAGAGCAUCUCAGACGGGACCUUCUGCUCAGCAGCAGCGGCCUUACGGCUAUGAGCAGGGUCAGUAUGGAAAUUACCAGCAAUAAGGGACAGGCGUUGUCUUUGGACCCUUCAUGGUAGUAUGUUCUGGACAAGCCAGUGGCAGUUCUGAUGAAUCAUGACAUGUUGGUCACCCUGCGCCCAGUGCCACGUCUGCGUGUGAAGCAGGCUCAUUCAUGGGUGUGAUGACAAGCGUGUACUCCUGACUGCGAUGGUGUGACAUACUUGGUGCUGUGUAAAGUAUUGUAUAUCGAUACAAUGGAGAGGUUGUCCUGUUUUUGUCCCUCACCCCCUCCUCGAUGUUCGUAGCUAGCUUUGGGGGGCCAUACUGUCAUCACGUGUUCUGUGCCCAGUGAUGAGACAAUAUCUAAAAGACACUGUGGUCCAUGUUACCAUGAACAGACCCAGUGUGCCCCUCUCAACAGCGUCGUUGCAAAGUGGACUGUAAAUGUUUCCUUAACUGGCUGCCCGUAGAUUGACACACAUAUAGACAACCCUGGGUGGCCAUCUCUUCCUGUGCCUAGAUAGGGCUUGAGGACACCUUCCGUGUCUUGGGCUAGUUUCUUGUGUCACUGUAACAAAGAAAAUGUGUUUCAUGUGGAGAGACUGAGCUGUCCUUUCCAGAACUUAUCCAUUGCCUGUGUGUCUGCAGUCCCCGUGGUCCUGAAAAGUGUAUGUCUGUGUAUUAGACAGAGAAGAGGGAUCAGUGACUGUAUUCCGAGGAAGUGUGUCCAUGAGGGCAGUGUGAGGGUAACCUACCCUAGGGAGCGCACUGUUCUUAAGAGCAAGGCUCGCUGUCUACCAGCUGCGUUGUGUGUAGUGUGGCUUUAGCCCCUGUUUAUUUAAUGUCAUUUCAAGGAUUUGAGUAUGCUCAAUCCUAAACUUAAAGAGAAUUGAAGGUACUGAGACUAAAUUUUACUGGCAAUUGGCAAGUAUUUAUGGUACUUCGUCAGGACCUCCAAGUUCAGAUUGCCAAGCAAAUGUUCCUUUGCAUUUAAGGAAAAUCUGAAAUCCACACCAUAUUUUUAACAAUCCAAAUAGCUUUAUUACAUUCUUUUAAAUGAAAAGUACAGUUUUUGGUUUUUCGAGACAGGGUUUCUCUGUGUAGCUUUGGAGCCUAUCCUGGCACUUGCUCUGGAGACCAGGCUGGCCUUGAACUCACAGAGAUCCACCUGCCUCUGCCUCCCGAGUGCUGGGAUUAAAGGCGUGUGCCAUUAACGCCCGGCAUAAAAGUACAGGUUUUAUAUAGUAAAAUUUGAGUGACUUUUUUUUUCUUUUUUUUUUUUAACAUCCCUAGGAUGUUCAAUCUCAUUUUAAUUCUGUACAAAACCUGAGAAACAGCCUUUUUGGAAAGAUACGGUCAAAGGAAAAUACCACUGGCAUUUCUCAGCUUUUAUUUGGACAGUAAUAAACAUGUUACUAAGAAAAGGGGGAAAAAACCUUUAAGAUAAGUGCUGGUAUAUUUAAGAACAACCAAGAAGAUAUAUUAAAAACAAACAAAAAAAAAAAAAAAAAAAAAAAAACAAGGAUCCAGCGCCUGGUGCAUCAGGCCUGUCCAGCAUGAUGCUUUUAUUUUGUCUUUUGAGACAAGGUCUUACGUAGCCCAGACUGGCCUCAAACUCGCUACAUCCCGCUAAGGCUGACCUUGAGUUUAUGAUCCUCCUGCCUCCACUUCUCAAGUAACUGACACUGCUGGCAUGCACCACUCCUGAUAAGUUUUUAAAAUAUCAAACUUACCUGUAGCUCAGUGGGUGAAGAUUUACAAGGCACUUUUGUGGGUUUUACUUGAAUUAAUCUUGACAGCCUUGCUGGAAUCCAGAGAGCAAGGGCUAUCUCACUUACAGACGAAGAAUCAAGGGCCAGACUAAAUACUUGUCUGUGUUGGCUACAGUCCUGUUCUAGGGCAUUCUCCCCCUUUCCUGUAGGACUGAUAAACAAAUGAGGGCAUAUAUGUUUAAUAGGCAUAGGGUUUAGGAAAAACCCUUAACACUGGCAAGGGCUGACUAUAUGACGGUAUUAACUUGACAGAGACGAACAUCUGAUCGAUAAGUGACAGAGUAUUAGCAACUUCAUUUUAGGGAAAGUCAGCUCUUUUGCUCCCUUCUUUCCUGGCAAUUUUUAUAAAACUAGUCUACAAGCUCAAUUGGGGCCUAAAAUUUCUCAUUGGAAAAAUGCUGAAACAUUUUAAGUAACUGUGAAAAUGGUUUUUUAUUCCUUGCCAAUCUGGGAAUAUGCCUUUUAUGUGUGUGUGCAUGUGUGUUUGUGUGUGAGCGUGCUCGAGUGAGUGCUUGGGUGUUAAGUGCUGUAUUAGUAUGAGUGUAUAUGUGUGUUAGUCGCUGUGUCAAUGUGUGUGUAAGUGCUGUAUUAAUACUUUUUUGAAAGAAAAGGACACUUAAAAAAUGUAUCACCCCAAAACUUCAAUCUGAAAUGUCUUACAUUAAGAAUCUCUUGAAUGUUGUGUAUAUAUUUUUAAAAGCACUUUGUGAGAUAGUUUGUACAUUUAUUUCCUAAUUUAUACAUGAUUUCGGUGUUAAUAUAUUUAAUGAUUAAUAAUAAUGUUUAUUUAACGUUUUGUUCAUGUUUAUGUAAUUUUGUGGGGGAAAGCGAUGCCGGCCGUUCUUUUUCAUGGACUGUAUUAAUAGUUUUUCUUCUGUAACAAGAGUGUUUGGAAAGCCCUAGCUGAAAUGAACCCUUCAUCCAGGUGUGGUUGACUGUGCGUUGUUUUUGUUUUUGCUUUUGUUUUUUUAAUGACUCCUCCUACUGAAGGCCAGAAAAGAUGAAAGGGGGGAUUUGGAAAUCGCUGCUCACUCAUUCUUCCUCCUCCUGUUUCCCACCAUCCCUCCAACACUUGCUCAGCCUGCCCGGUGCUGCUGCGUGGCAGAAGCUGUGGCUGGAUGGCCGCCCCUCCGGGCUGAGCUUUAGCAGUGAGAGACUGGAGAUGUCUGCAGAGGCGCUGGGCAGAAGAGGGCCUGGGCCAGCAAGGAAGGGUCUCCUUUCGGGCGGUGCCAGCGCUCAGGCGUUGGCUUCAGUAACGAGCCUCCGUUCAAAACUGUACCAAGAGGAAGACGUCCCAUUUCCAUUAAAACGGCUUUUUUAGCCAUUACUUCA